UCCAUUGCUGCCCUGAGCUCGAAGGUAGACCUGUAUCUGGGCUGCUCAGGUUGCACCAAGCGCCUCAACGAAAGUACCUAUGUGCUUCACAACGACGUGGAACACGGCUGCUCCAGAGAGCUCCUGCUGGCCCGAUCCAAGCACAAUGGCCGGCGCAAGACCUGGCGCCAGGUGGGCCGUCGGCCCAGCUUCCCUCGGCCAGCUCGGUACUUUGUGUGUCGUUACUACAGCCCUGGGCUGGGCUGCCGUCGUCACGGCAACCAGUGUACCUUUGCCCGAAGCCCGGAGGAGGCACUGGUCUGGACCUUUGAGCGUGAACAUGGUGUCUCCCGCUUUUGGCUGAAGGCAGCUGUGCAGGGUGGUGGUACCGGGGCCCCAGGCAGCCUUCCCCGCCCCUCGGACACCAUCAGAGCCGAGUUUGGAGGCCAAUUUCAGCUGCUCUGCUCAGGGUGCUUCCGGUGUCGCCCACCGCGACUCUGCCGCGUGGAUGCUGGGGGCCAGUGUCCAGAGCACAGAACCUGUCGCCCACUCCUGGCUCAUGUGAAUGCCGGGCAGAGCAAGCAGCAGUUUGUGGAAGUGAGGCCAAUGCCCAAGCACAGGCAGUUGCUGGCCUACUGCAAGUUUGUGGCAAAGGGGCAGCCGUGCCGGCACGGGGUAUCCUGGUGCCAGUUUGCUCACAGCGAUGUGGAGAUGGCUGUUUGGGUAGCAGAGCAGCAGAAGGGACUGCAGCGCAGAGACCUGCUCCCGCCCCCUGGCCCUGCAGGUGACCGGCACAACACCGUGCCCGUCAGUCGGCCCCCUGAGCUCCAGUUGUACUGCCGGACCUGCCUGAUCACCUGCCGCUCCCUGGAGGCUUUUGAGAACCACUGUGCAUCUCUGGAGCAUGCACGGAUGGUGACCUUUGACCCAGCUGUGCCCUGGGAUCACCGUGCCCCACCCACUGGACUUUCUGAAUUCCAGCUCUGCCCCAGACCCAACCUCUGCGAGUAUAGAGAUGCCUGCACAAAGGCUCACUCAGUGCAGGAGCUGCAAGAGUGGGUGCAGCGGGUGCAGACGGGGAAGCUGCGGGAGCAGGCGGCCUGGCAGGAGGGGCUGGUGUCCUACCAGGCUCGGUUGCUGGCUGAGUACCAGCAGAGCAGCAGCGAAGUCCUUGUGUUGGCUGAGACCGUGGACGGUGUGACAAUCUCCUGUGACCAGCCCCUGGUGCAUGAAGCCAAGGGGAGGAGUGCCCAGCACUGCUGGACCUUCUACAUCCACUCCAAGGACCCCCUGCUGCACGUGGCCCUGCUCAAGCAGGAGCUGGGAGCCAACUUCUCACUGGUGACCUCCCAGCCACAGCGCCUGGGCCGGCUGUAUGCUCUGGGGGAACGCUUCUGCAUGCCUGGCUCCCCGGCCGAUUUCCAGGUGGGAGUGCGCGUGCAGGGAAACUCCUUUGGCACUUUUGAGCAGUGGGUGGUCUUUGACUUUGGACGCCGGCCGGCACUGCUUCGAAAACUGGGACUGCGGCUAGGCCAGGUGCAUGGUCUGGGGCCCCAGGGGGCCUUGGUGCCCAGCCCCCUCCAGGAGCUGGAGCGUUGGCACACUGGCAACCGCCAGGUCGUGCCCUGUGUGGAGCGGACUGCUGAGCAGGUAGCUCUGAUGGCCAAAUACAAGGCACCGGCCCUGGCCCUGGAGUACAGUCCCCGUGGCCCUGACCCCAGCCCCCUCACCUGCACCAACUACCGACAGCGGAUGCACCAGUUUCUCUUUGAGGAGGAAGCAGCGCAGCAGCAGCUGGUGGCCAAGCUGAACCUGAGGGUCCAGGUAACCCUGAAGACCGUGCUGCAGACGCCAGCCAUGGGCCUGCUCCUGGCGCCUCCGGGGGCUCUCUACGCUGAGGUCACCCUGCCCACCUCUCUGACACCUGACACAGACCAGGGCUUCCUGCUAAGCCGGGCGGUUAACACGGCCCUGGUGGCACCUGUACCUUCACCUGAUCACACAGUGUUCGAGGUGCGCUUGGAGGCCCGGGCUGGCUUCCAGCAGGCUCUGUGGCUGCUGCUGCCUGCCCGCUGUUGCUCGGCCCUGCAGUUGCAACCCGAGACCAGUCCCAUCCUCGAGGUGCAGUUCCAAGUCGAUCCUAUGACCUUCCGCCUCUGGCAUCAGGCAGUGGAUGUACUGCCCACGGCCAAGUUGGUACUGCCUGACCUGCCGGCCUGUGCCCCGCCUCACCCGCGCCCCAUCCUGCCCACCCUACACGGCAACAGCAAACAGAAACUGGCUGUGGCACUCAUUGCUGGCAGCCCCCAGGGCCAGAAGCCCACUCCCCCGCUGCUGAUCUAUGGCCCCUUCGGCACUGGUAAGACCUACACGCUGGCCAUAGCCUCUCUGGAGGUCAUCCGGCAACCACAUGCCAAGGUGCUCAUCUGUACGCACACUAACAGUGCGGCCGAUAUCUACAUCCGGGAAUACUUCCAUGACCACGUCAGAAGCGGUCACCCUGAGGCCACCCCACUCCGAGUGAUGUACACAGACCGCCCUCCGAGCCAGACAGACGCAGCCACACUCCAGUACUGCUGUCUGACAGAGGACCGCCGAGCCUUCCGCCAACCGACUCAAGCUGAGCUGCAGCAACACCGCAUUGUGGUGACCACCACCUCGCAGGCACGCGUGCUCCAAGUGCCUGCCGGCUUCUUCUCGCACAUCUUCAUUGAUGAGGCGGCUCAGAUGCUGGAGUGCGAAGCCCUGACCCCACUACGCUACGCCACACUGCGCACCCGCAUGGUCCUGGCGGGUGACCACCUGCAGGUCACGCCCAAGCUUUUUAGUGUGGCCAGUGGCCAGGCCCCUGGCCACACAUUGUUCAACCGCCUCUUCCUCCACUAUCAGCAGGAGGUACAUGUGGUUGCCCGGCAGAGCCGAGUGGUCUUCCAUGCGAACUACCGCUCCACCCAGGCCAUUGUGGCGUUCAUCUCACGCCACUUCUACCUGGCCCAGGGAAACCCCAUCCACGCCAGCGGCAGAGUCCCGCGCCACCCUCGUCACUACCCGCUCAUGUUCUGCCAUGUGGCAGGUAGCCCCGAGCAGGACAUGUCUCAGACCUCCUGGCUCAACCAAGCCGAGCUGCUCCAGGUGGUGGAGAAAGUGCAGGAGAUCUACGACAGCUGGCCGCCCUGCUGGGGCAGCCGGGAGCAACGGCUCAUCUGUGCCGUGUCCCACGGGGCUCAGGUCAGUGCCCUGAGGCAGGAGCUGAGGAGGAAGCGCCUGGCAGAGGUGUCUGUGGGUAGCUUUGAGAUCCUACCAGGCCGGGAGUUCCGGGUUGUGGUGUUGAGCACUGUCCACUCCCACAACAGCCUGCGUGGCCCUGGGGCACCAAGUCUGGAGUUCUUCACAGAAUCACGUGUGCUCAACACCAUCCUGACUCGGGCCCAGUCGCAGGUGGUGGUUGUGGGCGACGCCGUGGCCCUCUGCUCCUUUGGGGCCUGCAGCCGGCUUUGGAAAAGCUUUAUCCGUGAGUGUGUGGAGCACCAGAGUGUCUGUCCCCGGAGCCUCUCACUGGAACAGAUCGAGCAGGGCGUGGCCCAGGCCCAGCGCUGGCCUUGUGGGGGCCGGCUGGCCACACCCCUUAGAGCAGCAGGGGGCCCACCCCUGGAGCCUGCCGCAGCUAAAGAGGACAUGUCCACGCCAGAGACUGUAGCUGCAGGAGAGAAGAAGGCAGCAGGGGAGACAGGCAGAGAGAGCCCACGUGCUGCUGUAGUGGCUAGACCCGCAUCGAAGGCAGAGGCUGGGACCGUGCUGCCUGAGGACCCUGAGGACACCGGCUCCGACUUCUGGCCGUUGGACUGGGAACUCAAUGCUGAUGACUCCAUCCUGCAGGAGCUCCUGGACGAGAGUCGGAACGUGACGGUGACCGUGCGUGAGGACGGGCUGCUGGACACAGUUACUGGUCCCACGGCAUGCGCCCAGCAGGCCCACCAGUACGUAAACCUGCCACAUGCCGAGCUCCGCAAGCUGCUCCGAGCCGAGCCAAAGGCCUACCGCCGGUGCACCUUUUUGCAGGAGGCCUUCGGACAGGCGACAGCGGUGGCGCUGGACAGCAUGGUGCCUGGCACCUUCCAGAUCAAGGGCCGCCUACACUGCGGCAUGGCCUUCACAGGGGAUGAGGUGCUGGUGCAGGUCCUGGGCAGGGCCAACGAUGAGGAUGACGAGGCUGCCGCACGGCAGCAGGGCCGAGUGCUGGGGGUUCUAAAGCGUUGCCGGCGUGAGCUGAUCUUCGUGUGCAGGAUGGACAAGUGGGAUCCCCGCAUCAUGGUCCCAAUUGACAACACUGUGACCAAGAUCUUUGUGGCUGAGCUGAAGGACCCCCUUCGAGUGCCUAUUCAUCGCCUGCUCCAGGGUCGUGUGCAGCGUGUGGGGCACGAGAGACUGUCUAGUGCAGAACGGCGCACGCGGCUCUUCUGGGUCCGAAUUGUGCUGUGGCGGGAACGUUUCUACUACCCGCUGGGUAUCAUCCUGGAGGUGCUGCCCGAGGUCACCACCUGGGAACAGGGCCUUCGUGUACUGGACCUGGAAUAUGGCCUGAGGGAGCCCUCGCCGGACCCAGCUGCCGUUGCCAAGGUGGUACAAAGGUACCGCUUGGAGCUCAGUCAGAUGCCUGGCCAGCGUGAGGACUGCCGAGGCUUCCUGACCUUCACCGUGGACCCCCAGGGCACCUGCAACGUGGAUGAUGCCCUGAGCAUCCGGGACAUGGGCCAGCAGUAUGAGGUGGCUGUGCACAUUACUGACGUAGCCACACUCCUGCCCAGGGAUGGUGCUUUGGACGUGGAGGCUCGCAGGCAGGCUACUGCCUUCUAUGCGCCCCACCGGGACCCAGUGCCCAUGCUGCCGGCUGGCCUGUGCCGGGAUUCAAUGAGUCUCCUGCCAGGCCAGGACCGCCUUGCCAUCUCGCUCUUCCUUACCUUCGAGAAGAGCAGUGGACAGCUGAACGGCCAGCGCUUUGCCUCCUCCGUGGUUCGCUCUGACCGUCAGCUAUCCUACGAGGAGGCUGAGCAGAUGAUCCGGUCUCACCUGGGAGCUGAUCAGGGGCUGCCACCCUGCCUGGACUCAGUGGACACCUGUGUAGUGGCCGCCUUUCAUUUCUCUCAGACGCUGCGCCGGAACCGCCUGGGAACUGACUGGCUCUAUGAGCAACCGGACGAGAACAGUGUGCUGGGCUUCCGCCUGGCACACAUCAUGGUCAAGGAGUACAUGGUUCAGUUCAACAGCAGUGUGGCUGAGUUCCUGGUGGGCAACAAGCUCACACGGACAGUUACGCCCCUGCGGUGGCAACUGGCGCCCAGCCGCGCCCAGCUGGACACCCUGAGUGAGAAGUACUGUGGGCUGGUCCCCUUGUCGCUGCACCUCCGUCAGCGCCUGCAAGGCCACGUCCUCCCCGGCACAAGACUCUGCCUGCUGACCUCUCUCUGGAAGCAGCUGCAGCUGGCCACCCAGGCCCAGGACUUCAGUCAGAUGACAGACCUCAUCGCCACUGACGACCUGCACCCCACUUUGGCCCCUGCCAGCCUCGAGCUCUGCAAGGUCCAGUGCCGCUCAGCCUUUGGCCGUUCCAGCCUCGGCAAACAGCAGCUGGCCGCCCACCACUCACUGCAGGUGGCCCGGUAUGCGUGGGCAUCCUCACCCAUUCGUCGAUACAUGGACGUUGUCCUUCAGAGGCAGGUCCUUCUAGUGCUGGGUCUUGGCAGUGCCACUUACUCAGCCAAGGACAUUGACGGGCUCUGCCGAGACUUUGGCCGCCAACACGCACGUGCCCAGAGCUACGAGCGCCGGGCCCAUCGCCUGCACCUGGCUGUGUGCCUUCGGGCCCAGCUGCAGAGCAAGCUGGGCUUCGCGGUGGACGUGAAGGCGGGCGCCCACUGCUUCCGGGUACUCUUCCCCACACAGCGAAAGAGCCUUCCUGACCCCUACCCCAUGCACUACCGUUGCCUGCAGCUAGCCGAGCCCCCCCAACAUCUGGAGGGCCUGCCCAGCCUCUGGCUCCGGUGGCGCCGGCGCAUCUACUCACUGCUGGCCAAUGGACACUGCGUCCCGAUGUCUGGUGCUCUGUUUGACCCACAUGCCCGGCCCGUGGACCCGGAACUGUGGAAGAAGCUUCUGGAACUGGUGGAGCAGCAGCAUUGGCCCGAGGCAGCUGCCCUGGUCCAAGAGCAGGGCACCGUGGAACCACAACGUUGUGAGGUGGGCAGAGUGUCGUGGAGUCCCUGCGGGCACUUGGUGGAGGUGGUGCGCAAGUUGGGUCCUGGGGACGUGUUGCAAGUGCAGCUUGGCGCAACCCUGCAGCAGGGCCUGUUGGCGCCCACCCUGCAGCUGUGGGUCGUGGCUCCUGGAUUCAGCCUGUGCCUGGAACACGUGGGGCAGCCCAGAGAUUGCUUCUCCGGCUGUGAACCCCAGCCGGCACUGGACCGCUGCGCCAAUGUGGACGAAUACAUCAGUGUCUGGGGCCCGUUCUGCACCCUGGAGUCAGUCACAAGUGCGGUGGCAGAGAACGACUCCAUCACCUUGCAGCAGGUGGCCAUAUGCUGGACCAAGGAUGAGACAUUGCAGGGGCCUCUGAGGGGUGCCUUCUGCCUGGAGUCUGCCUUCCUCCAAGAUCACAAUCUAGAGGGUACCUUCAGCCAUUCCUACCUCUGUAUCCGCCUUGACGGACUGCCAGUUGCAUCUGACGCCGGGGACCCCCGCAACAGCCUUGGCCCCCACCUCAGCAUCGACCCCAGCACCUUCACCUGGGUGGCUCAUGGGCUGACGGAAGAGGACUGGGAUUUGGAGGAGGAACGGGCAUGCAAGCUGGAAGCCCCUCAGUGGGUGCACUUCCAUCUUCUCCACAUGGCCACGGAGAAGGUUCCUGAAGAGGUGCUGAGACCUGACACCCUCUUCACUGUUGAGGUGUUGCCCAAACAGCUUCCCGACCUGCGCAAGGAGGAAGCCCUGCACAAACUGAAGAGGCUGAAGGGGGUGACCUCACUGGCCGUCAGCAUUGCCCUGGGCCUGCCCAUCCCUCAGCCCCUUCCCUCAGUGGCCCCCAGCAUCUUCUUGAAGCAGCAGAGCUACGACAUCCGUGGAGGCCGCCACAAGCUGAAUCCCAGCCAGACUGAGGCGGUGCGGAAGGCUCUACGGCAGAAGUUCACGGUCAUCCAGGGGCCUCCAGGCACUGGGAAGACAGUUGUGGGUCUGCACAUAGUGUUCUGGUUCCACAAAGCUAAUCAAGAGCAGGUGCGGGCUCUUGGCUUCGGAAACCCCUGCAUCCUGUACUGUGGCCCCUCCAACAAGUCGGUGGACGUCCUGGCAGGGAUGCUCCAGUCCUGGAGGGAGGAGCUGAAGCCCCUCCGAGUAUAUAGUGAGCAGGCCGAGGCUGCGGAUUUCCCGGUGCCAAGCCUGGCCAGCGGGAGCCUGCCCAAGAAAAUCCCUCGGGAGGGGAAGCCCAACAAGAUCCUCAGGAACAUCACUCUGCACCAUCGGAUCCGGCAGGCCCCCAACCCAUAUGCCACUACCCUCAGGGAGUUUGAUAUCCGAGUGCAGAAUGGGGACCUCUUCUCCUUAGAAGACAUCACCAUGUACAAGAAGACCCUUCGGAAGGCACGGCGGUUUGAGCUGGAGAAACAUACGGUCAUCCUGUGUACCUGCUCUUGUUCAGCCUCAGUCAGCCUCAAGCAUAUGGACAUCUGGCAGAUUCUGGUCGAUGAGGCGGGCAUGGCCACCGAGCCUGAAACUCUCAUCCCCCUGGUGCACUUCCCGAAGGCUGAGAAGGUGGUGCUCCUGGGGGACCACAAGCAGCUUCGACCUGUAGUCAAGAGCGAGCACCUGCAGAAUCUGGGGCUGGAACGGUCCCUCUUCGAGAGAUACCACAAUGACGCUUACUUGCUGGACACACAGUAUCGAAUGCACAAGGACAUCUGCACCUUCCCCUCCACGGAGUUCUACAAGGGCAAGCUGAAGACUGGGCAGGGCUUACGCCGGCCCCCCAGCAUCCUGGGCCACGCAAACAAGAGGAGCUGUGCCGUCAUCUUUGGGCACCUGCAGGGCCAUGAACAGAGGCUGCUGGUGUCCACAGAAGAAGGCAACGAGAACUCCAAGGCCAAUUUGGAGGAGGCGAUGGAGGUGGUCCGAAUUGCCAAGCAGCUGACCCUGGACAGGACAGUGGACCCCAAAGACAUCGCCAUUCUCACCCCCUACAAUGCACAGGUGGCUGAGAUCAACAAGAGACUUUUGCGAGAGGGUGUCACUGGAGUGACCGUGUCCUCCAUCACCAAGAGCCAGGGGAGCGAGUGGCGCUAUGUGCUGCUCAGUACUGUGCGCACAUGCCUCGAGAGUGACGUGGACCAGCGGCCCACCAAGAGCUGGCUCAAGAAGUUCCUGGGCUUUGUGGUGGACCCCAACCAAGUGAACGUGGCCCUCACCCGCGCCCAGGAGGGGCUCUGCCUCAUUGGAGACCACCUCCUCCUACGCUGCUGUCCUCUCUGGCGCCGACUUCUGGACUUCUGUGACUCUCAGCAGAGCCUCGUGCCUGCCCACAUGGUGCGGGUGUGGAGGAAGCCAGCUAUGUCCCACUGA